CAACUACAUCGCAUCUUUUACUGCCAACUCGAAUUACUGUUCGUCUUGAUAUUGUUGACGUCGUCGACUGGGUUUCCGUUGUUCAACAGUUUUCUGUUAUCGAAGGACGUUGGAACAGCAGCAACGACUGUCAUUCAUCAUCGACAUAAACACCACCAUCAAGAGGCCAAGAUUCGACGAAACAAACAUCUAUUGCUAACAAAACCAUAUUGGCCAUGGCCUUGA